AUGCAAAUAUACUUAAAAGAAAUUAACGGAAAGCAUGUGGCCAUUGAUAUAUCAUCUCAAGAAACUGUUUUAAGCUUUAAAACGAAGGUUUCUAGACUUACCAAUAUUCCUAUUAAAGAAUUUUAUUUGGUUUCUCAAGCCAAGAUCCUAGAAGAUAAACACUCAUUUCAUUUCUAUAAAUUAAGCCAUGGAAAAACAGUUUCACUUAAUUUAGCUAUAAAAGGGGGAGGAUGCGUCAAUUCAAGUUCAAGAUCAGCCAUAAAUGCAAUUAGCCCAAACAGGAAAAAAAUAAAAGUUUCAACAUCUCUUGAUAAAAACUUAGAUGUUGAAUCGGCUGCAGAAAAUACUCUGGGCAGAACGCCUCAAAAUAAAGCAAUUGCUAUGCCAAAUUCAUUGUUAAAUAAAGAAUUUAAAGAUCCUUAUGAAAAUAAAUAUACCUUAAGAAAACUCCAUACCAUUGAAAAUGGAGUAAGCCAAAUAUUAUAUGAAGAGCUUUUAAAUCAUUUUUUGAAUGGCAUGCAGUCUGAGCUCACUCAGUGGAUCAAUAAAGAAAUGGAAUUGAGAGAGCAAAAGUUGUUCAGAGACUCAUUUAGAUGCUUGAGCUUAAAAUCAUUUGAACUCUUAGAAGCUAGCAUGUAUGAAGCAAUUUUAAGAGGUAUUGUUGAGCACAUAAUAAAUGAAAGUAAGCUCGAUUUUAUGGUGGAGUCUUUACUUAUUGAAGAAAUAGAAACUAAACUCCAAAUUUCAAAAAGUUUAGAUAGGACUAAAAAACUUCAAUCUCAAAGAAAAUCAGUCUACGAAGAAAGACUUUCAAAGUUAAUCUAUGAAGAAUUAUUAACAGAUUUUACUAAUGGUUGCAAUCUCAAUAAAGUAGCAGAAAAUCUAAUAAGCGCUUGCCAAUAUGAGAAGAAAAAAUCAAGUUUAAUUUCAAAAUCUUCAUUGGUGAGGAUCGAAAGCGUCGACAUGGCUGAAGAUUAUAUCAAUGAAAUGUUUACUCCUGGAGAGCACAGCCCAAAUGAAUAUUCAUUAAAUUAUGGCUGAGAAGAAGCAAAGGUUAACGGAAAAGGCCCUAAUAUGUUCAAUGAAAAAAUUAACAAUCUUGCAAAACCAAAAUAUGAAAAAGGAAAAAAUACAGAAGUUCCUCACCAGUUUAACUUAAGAGCAAGCACCAUCAUCGAGCUAAGCAAUGAAAGAGUCGAAUUUCGAGACAUUGUUUGUGAGCAAAUGCUAGAAAUUGGGAAUAGGCAGUGUUUAUUGAACGGAAUAUUAAAUAUAUUUGGAAACAUUCCUAAAAAUUCAAUUUCUGUGCCCCAAAGUGACGGAGCUCGCUUGCAAGAGGAUAUAACUAAUAUGUUGGAAAUUAUAAACUCCGCUGAUUCUUAUAAUUUUACAAGUAUAAAGGGCAAGGUGCUAUCCAAGCAUGAAGAAUGUGAAAAAUUUCUUCACAGUAAUAAGCUCUCAGUGGACUUAGCUCCAGUUGGAAAAUCCUCAAUUUCGGUUUUGGAUUUAUCGUUCAAAUGGAAGUCAUGCAGUGAUUCAAUUCAAUCAAUUUCAGGCAGGCCAUAUAGGUUUCUGUGCUUUAAUUCAAAUGAGAUUGAAGCUUUCAAAUUGUUUAAUCUGGAAAUUUAUAAAAUUCCUACAAGCCAACCCUCUUUGGCAGCAGUUUUUAUCCAAUCAGAGGAUUUAAAGGGUGAGCUGAAAGUAUGGACUAAAAGAAACAGAACGGAUAUUUACAGCUUUUUCGAAGAUAUUUUUGCCAACUUUGGUGAAAAAGUAGAAGCUCCCACUGAGUUAUGGAUUCCUGUGUUUCGAAAGCAAAUAAAUUAUAAUAUUCCAUGAAUUGAAGGAUAUGAAAUUCCUCCUCAAGGAAAUGGAACUAAUAGCCAAUUUAUUAAGAAAUGCAAGGAAACUGUUGAUCUUGAGUUUAAUGCCAAUAAUCCUCCAGCAAAUAGCUUGCAAGCAGCUAAGCAAAGGGGGAAAAUUAUGACAAGCAACUUUAUUUUUGGAUUAACAAAUCCCAAUGCUAAUAAGGGAUUCAGUGAUCCGUUAUUUUUAUGCCUUGUUGAGCAGAAAGACCUCAUUUCUGCCGGCUAG